UCCGCUCAGGAACAAACUCGCGCAAAACUCCGCGCGCGCCGGACCGGACUCUCGGGGAAUCAGAAGCGUUACCGAGCAACAGGGGGAUCUUGAGCGUUACCGCGCGACCGGAAAUGCAUGUGGGGAAGAUCCUGCUGGGGGUUCUGGGGGCAGUGGUGGUGGUCACUCUGAUAGCUGUUCCAACAGCUAUCUAUCUGAACGAAAAAACCCCAGAAGAUACCAAACGGACUUUUACCCUUAAUGACUACUUCAACACCACCAUCAGACCCAGAUCAUUCAACAUGCGCUGGAUCUCUGAUCACGAGUACCUUCACAGCACGCGAGACAACUCCAUCCUGCUGUUUAACGUGACCUCAGAGAAGGGAGAGAAGUUUCUGGAAGAGACGCUUGCCGACUUCAAAGCCUUUGAUUACUUGGUGUCAGCUGAUCGCAAGUUUGUUUGUUUCCUGACAAACUACACAAAGAUGUGGAGACACUCAUUCACUGCGACUUACUUAAUCUAUGACCGGGAGCUCAGGAAGUUGCUCCCUACAGAUUUACCUCAUGAGGUCCAGUACCUCGCCUGGGCUCCAGCCGGCCACCAGCUGGCGUACGUAUGGGAGGAUAAUGUAUAUGUGAAGUCCAGUCCCUCUUCACCAGCAAAGCAAGUCACCAAUAAUGGAAGUCCUGUGAUCCUGAAUGGUGUUCCUGACUGGGUAUAUGAGGAGGAGAUGUUUUCCAGUAACUACGCCAUGUGGUGGUCUCCUUCCGGAAAGUUCCUGGCCUUCGCUCAGUUCAACGACUCCGACGUGCACACCAUCGAGUACUCGUGGUACGGACAGGGUCAGUAUCCGGAAACGGUCUCCAUCCCGUAUCCCAAGGCAGGAACGCCCAACCCCACGGUCCGCCUCUUUGUGGUUGAAGCUUCCAACGUGUCCAGAAUGAUGGAGAUCUUUGUGCCCAGUGCUCUGGCCUCACGUGACCACUACCUGAGCACGGUCACCUGGGCCACAGAUGAGAGAAUCGCAGUUCAGUGGCAGAACCGCACCCAGAGUCACGUCAUUCUGCAGAUGUACGAACUCAGCGGCGAGGCGUGGAGCGAAAAGACGGACAUAAAUGUGGACAGUGAGACAGGAUGGGUCGGACGAUUCUCUCCGUCUGACCCCGUGUUCAAACCCGAUGGUUCCAGCUGUUACUACAUCAAGAGCGACUCGAGCGGCUUUAAGCACAUCCAUCACAUCAGCGGGACCACGGUCACGCCCAUCACCUCGGGACAGUGGGAGGUGACUGACAUCCUCAAGGUGACCCAAGACGCCAUAUUCUACAUGAGCAACGAAUACAACGGCCAUCCAGGUCAGAGAAACGUUUACAGAAUCUCUACAGACGGAGCGACUCACUCCUUGCCCGCCUGCCUCACCUGUACACUGAUGGAGGACAGGUGUAAAUAUAACUCCGCCUACUUUAGCGCCAACGGCACCUACUUCCUCCUGAGCUGCUCAGGUCCCGGACUGCCCCUGUACACGCUGAGAGACAGUCGAGGUGCAGGAUCAGAGAUCAGGGUUCUGGAGGAUAAUAAACUCCUGGAGUCGAUUCUGCAGAACAUCGCCAUGCCCUCGGUGACACACGCCACGCUGAAGAUCAGCGGCUUCAACCUGUGGUACCAGCUGACUCUGCCUCCAAACUUCGACAAGUCCAAAAAAUAUCCUCUGCUGAUUGACGUCUACGCUGGGCCGUGCAGUCAGAAGUCAGAUUUCCGUUUCCGGAUCAGCUGGUCUACGUAUCUGGCCAGCACGGAGAACGUCAUCGUGGCCAGUUUUGAUGGCCGAGGGAGCGGAUACCAGGGAGACAAAAUCAUGCACUCUAUCUAUAAACGACUAGGCACCUACGAAGUGGAGGACCAGAUCACCGCCGGCAGACAUUUCAUCAAUUUGGGCUACGUCGACAAAGACAGAAUGGCGAUCUGGGGCUGGUCCUACGGUGGUUAUGUCACUUCCAUGGUUCUGGGAGCAGGAAGCGGAGUGUUUAAGUGCGGCAUGGCCGUCGCCCCUGUGUCCAAGUGGGAGUAUUAUGAUUCCAUCUACACGGAGCGCUACAUGCUAACUCCAGAAGACAACGCCGUCUUCUAUGAGAAUUCCACCGUGAUGGAACGAGCCAAGAAUUUCAACUCUGUCCAGUACCUGCUGGUGCACGGCACGGCUGACGAUAACGUCCACUUCCAGCAGGCAGCGCAGAUCUCCAAAGCUCUGGUCAACCGGCAAGUGGAUUUCGAGUCGAUGUGGUACACAGACGAGGAUCACAGUCUCGGAGGAUCGGCCCAUGAGCACGUCUAUACCCACAUGACUCACUUCCUGCAGAAGUGCUUCGCGUGAUUUGUGCGUCCAGACGUCACACUGACCCCUGACUCACUUCCUGGACCUUCAGAGAUGUUUCUCCAAUCAACAAACUUUUUUCCAGCUGCUACUUUUCUUUUAUUUAUGCUAUUGCAUUUGUUUGUUUUUUUUAAUCUAGAUGUGUAUUAUUAUUUUAUUUUUACUCAAUUCGACGCUUCUGCUUUUUCCCUUCUGUCACCGACUCGAUCAUUCGGCAUGUUCCUGAGGGUAAUUAAGCGGCACUUUACCGCUUGACCUCACCGAUUCCUCACCGCUUUGUCCGUUGCUUUAGCAACAGGGCCGGGAAGCUAGUAUUCCUUCACAGCGGUGUUAGCACCGGUCUUACGUUUUGCCACAAAUCUGAGGCUAAAUGUUCAGAUUUUAUUUAAAAUACAAUAUGAACAAAACCAAAAAAAUUAUAUAACAAAAACUUCUAGCCUUAAAUCUUUUAAAGCUGCAACAUUUAAUUUUUUUUUUUUUUGCUGUAAAUUUGAGUCCUAACUUUGAGUUCUAACUUUUUUUUAAAAUAAGUUUUGAUGCAGAUGUUUUUUAUGGCUGACAUUUUAUUUGUUAAUGCCAGUUAAUUAAUUAGAUUUCAAUUUCCUGUUUUUUCUUCAUGUAUCUUCAAGUAUGAUUUUAUUAUAUUACGUUUUUUUGUAUAAUGUGUGAGAUUCCGGGGCACUGAAGUGUCCUUCGUGCUUCAAAAAAAAAAGAAAUAAAUAAAUAAAAAUAAAAAUAAAAAAAUUAUUUCAUCUAAAUGGCUUUAAUCCAAUCAGUUUGAAAUGAAAGUCAUUUUCAUUUUGAAAAUGGAAAUCAUUUAAUUUGUAAAUUUUUUUGUAUUUACUGUAAAUUCCUGAGUGUGUGAUUACAGGCAAAUUAUUUGAUGUAUUUUGCAAUA